UCUCCGUGAUGCAUCUUGGGAGCCUUGGAAACCAGGGAUAGCCCAUCAGGUUAGGGAGGGGUGAGGGAUAGGAUGGUAUGCUCUGGCUCCUCCCACCCCUCCGCGAGCUGCCGCGAUCACUCCUCCCCUCCUCCUCUGUGGGGCCAACGGCAGCAGCAGCAAUCACAAGAGGUGCCGUGCCUAGUCUUUGACGGAGGAGAUCCACAAAACGGGAGUAUUUACUGAAGCCCGCACAGCCAUGGCAGAGAACGCCGGCUUGGAGAACCACCGCAUCAAAAGCUUCAAAAACAAAGGGCGUGAUGUCGAGACUAUGAGAAGACAUCGAAAUGAGGUGACAGUGGAGUUAAGAAAGAACAAACGGGACGAACAUCUACUGAAGAAGAGAAACGUCCCUCAGGAGGAGAGUCUAGAAGACUCUGACGUGGACUCCGAUUUCAAAGGACAAAAUGUAACGCUUGACGACAUUUUACAGAAUGCUACAAGUGACAAUGCAGCGAUACAGCUCAGUGCUGUUCAGGCAGCAAGGAAACUGCUCUCCAGUGACAGAAACCCUCCUAUCGAUGACUUGAUAAAGUCUGGGAUUCUUCCUAUUUUAGUCAAAUGCCUGGAAAGGGAUGACAACCCCUCUCUACAGUUCGAGGCAGCUUGGGCUCUGACCAACAUCGCCUCUGGGACGUCAGCGCAGACUCAGGCUGUGGUUAAAUCCAAUGCAGUGCCGCUGUUCCUGCGACUUCUACACUCCCCUCACCAGAACGUAUGUGAACAGGCGGUAUGGGCUCUAGGAAACAUCAUAGGCGAUGGGCCACAGUGCAGGGAUUAUGUCAUCUCCUUGGGUGUGGUGAAGCCGCUGCUCUCUUUCAUCAGUCCAUCAAUCCCCAUUACUUUCCUCCGUAAUGUUACCUGGGUUAUUGUUAACCUGUGUCGCAACAAGGAUCCUCCCCCACCAAUGGAGACUGUGCAAGAGAUUUUGCCAGCACUCUGUAUGCUAAUAUAUCACACCGACUUGAAUAUACUAGUAGACACAGUGUGGGCUCUGUCUUAUCUGACGGAUGGAGGCAACGAACAGAUCCAGAUGGUCAUCGAUUCUGGAGUUGUUCCGUUUCUGGUGCCUCUCCUCAGCCAUCAGGAGGUCAAAGUUCAGACGGCAGCUCUGAGGGCAGUCGGGAACAUUGUGACGGGCACAGACGAACAGACGCAGGUCGUUCUCAACUGUGACGUCCUCCUACAUUUCCCCAACCUGCUCACACACCCCAAAGAAAAGAUCAACAAGGAAGCAGUCUGGUUUUUGUCCAACAUCACAGCUGGGAACCAGCAGCAGGUCCAAGCGGUGAUUGAUGCUGGACUGAUUCCUAUGAUCAUCCAUCAGCUCGCUAAGGGGGACUUUGGGACUCAGAAGGAAGCAGCUUGGGCCAUCAGCAACCUCACUAUCAGCGGCAGAAAAGAUCAGGUGGAGUUCUUGGUGGAGCACAACGUCAUCCCUCCAUUCUGCAGCCUGCUGUCGGUGAAGGACUCUCAGGUGGUUCAGGUCGUCCUGGACGGCCUAAAGAACAUCCUCAUCAUGGCGGGGCAGGAAGCCAGCACUAUUGCUGAGAUCAUAGAGGAGUGCGGAGGUUUGGAGAAGAUUGAACAGUUGCAGCAGCAUGAAAAUGAAGACAUCUACAAAUUAGCCUUUGAGAUUAUUGAUCAAUACUUUUCAGGAGAUAUUUUUGAUGAAGAUCCCAACUUGAUUCCUGAAACCACUCAAGGAGGAACCUUUAACUUUGAUCCGGCUUCUAACAUGCAAACGAAGAAGUUUAACUUCUAACCGCCGGGCCCUGUCACAGACACGAACCCAUCCCUCCAACAAUCUGGCACCUUUUGGUCCGAAGGAUUUUCAUGUCCGCAUCCAAACUCACCACUUAAGGAUUUACUCACACCUCCUCCUGCACUGUGGGGUGAUUUUGGUUUAGGUUUUUUUUUUUUUUUUUUUUUUUUUAAUCGCCGUGUUUUACGGAAGAUUGUAACGUCACAGGAGUCCUGCUAUAAUAUAAGCAGCACCAAGAGGAGGCAUCGGCCUCUCCCACCACGUCCUAAUGUAACUCCAAGGUAAAAACGGAAGGAAGAAGGUUUUUGCCAAAUGUCAAGUCUUCACAAAGACACGAACAAGCACACGUUCUAACACACGUAUAUGUUCAAUGAGUGGACACUUUUUUUAUGCUACAGACCCUACAUUCAUCUGUCAAAUCACUAACAGGGAUGAUGAAAUCUUGCUUUUUUUGUUUCCCUUCCUGGAUUGACUUUGGUUCACACACAGAUGUGAACAGAGUAUACACACCCCUCUGUCUAGUUUCAAGAGUUCCCCCCAGAGCUAAGCCAUGAUUAACCACAGACCCUCGCUGCCUUCCAGGUGGAGGGGGAAAGGGCUCUAAGGUAAAAAAAAAAAAAGGACUCUGGCAAAGUGACGGACUUGGCACCAGAGUUUUUAAGGUGACUUCUGUUGGAUUACUAAAAUGUUUUAUUUGAUAAAAUCAUCAGAAAUGUGAAGAAAAUGCCAUUUUUUUGAUAAUGUAACUGUAGGACUCGCCAGCUGUUUGCUUCUGAUGGAGACUUUUUUUCUUUUUAAGUAAAUGUAAAUAGCUGUCACAGGAGGCGGCACGUGGGUGAGUCGCAGAGAGGAGGAGCACAUCAACUGUAGCGUCCGUUUCCUCCACAGGACAUUUUGGGUUUUUCUUUUUUUGCUGCAUUUGGUCACAUCCAGUGAACAGACUUCCCCAAUAAUGUGAAACUUUGAAGGAGCGAUUCACUUAAACCUUCACGCUAAAAGUCACACCCUGAAAAGUUAUCAGAUGGAGGAUUUUUUUUUUAUUCAAACCCUCAAAGAAAGCAGUUUUCUUUUUUCCGGUUAAGUCUGUGGAAAUUCUUUUUAUUCGACUUUUUCUUCAGUCUUAUGCACACGUCUGCGGGGCUCGCUCUAGCCCGCAGAAAGGGACCUACGCUCACGGAAAGCUGGUGUCAGGGGGUGUACAGGUCCUGAUCUUUAACAGAACUUAAUCCUUUGCUUUCAGUGAGGUCGGAUGUCAUCGCUCAGUUUCAAUAAUUGUAAAAAAGCGAUGUUUGUCUUUGCCAUCUAAGAAACAUAUGAAUAUAUUUGACAUAAAGCCUGUACAAAGCUGCUGCAGCUGACAGUCAUUAGAUGGACAAUAACUGUCAAAAGAUGGCAGGGUGUUUUUAUUUCUUUUUUUUUUAAAGAAAUGUUUGUUUUUAUUUUUGGUUGGCAUCUAUAUAAAUGCAUAUAUGAUAUAGUGGCACUCUGAAAGUUGGAACAGAUUUAGCCUCCCCUCUUUGUGGUGACGGGCUGUUUAAAAUGUACCGUCUUGUGUUGCCGUUUUUUUGGGGGGUUAAAGGCUGGACCCUCGGCCCCGCCCUCGCCGAUCUACCGCCCCUUCGUUUUGGCUGCUAAUGACUUGCAGGGGUUCGGGAGCGGGGGCGGGGUCACGACGAGGCUUUAAUUACGGGGUAGGGUUGUCGUGAGCAGCCCAGGCUUGUUAAUGGGACUAGCUUUUUUUUUAAUUUUUAAUUUUAUUUUUUCGAACAAAACUUUUGAGGGUGUACAGUCAUGAACUAGCAGACCAGACCGAGCCACUUUAAAGAUUUACAAUUUUGUUGCCUUGUAUCUGAUCUUAGAUACAAGCUUGUUUGUUGCAAGAUUUUUACUUGCUAAUAAAAGAAGUUGUUUUAAAUAAAAUAGAAGAAAAGCAACAGACAGCAUUUUGGCCUCUGAUUGUUUCUAUCUUUUUAUAAAUUUUAGAUUGAAUUCUUCUCUUUAAGGUGGCUCAUUGAUGCUUUCAACUCCUGUGCAUAUUAAAGACGAGAAUGAGUUGAAAAUCAUUGUGCCUUUUGUUUUUCAUUUCAAUUUAAACAAAGUUUUAUUGAAACGGCGAACUCUCUGCGGAUAGGAGGGAGAUGUGGCGAGUCGGUUGUGAAAUGAGCCAUGAAAAUGGUCAGUGCUUCUCUCUGCUGUCCAGAGUAACUCCUGUCCUUAAUCUUAUUACCUGAACUAUGUACAUUUGCAAUUUUUGCCCCCCCCCCCCAUCCUUCCCAUCAUCCUCGGUACCAGACGUCAUCCCUCCCAUUGUGGCGGGACGUGGGGAUUUCCUUUCAUGUUACCCUCAGGACAUCAUCUGUGUCUCUAAUCUUGAUCAAAAUAAAGUUGCUGUUUAGCUGUUG